GCUCCAUUUACCGGAACCACCUGGGACGGGGAAGCCCUCCGAGUAGAGCGCCAAUCCACACCGAAUACCUUUCAAAGAAGAACCUCCCAAGCCACCCGGUGUCCAGCGGGCGCUUGCACGACGAAUGCGCUUCUCCGUUUUCGCUCCGGAAGAGGAACGGGGAGACUGUUAAACGGGGAAAGGGGAACGGAGGAGGAGGAGGAGGAGGAGGAGGACGGGGAGGAGUGGCAACCCUCGGUGCAGCAUUGCUGCGGCAGUGGCAGGCGAAAGAUGGAGCCCUGCAAGGCCCCCUGUCGGCAACCGCGCGUCGCCGUGAGCGCUGUGCAGGUCCGAAGGCAGCCGGCGCCGCCCGACAUCCUCCCCCCUCCCGCGUCGAAGAUUGAGGACGAGGAGGAGCACGAGGGGGAGAGAAGCUAGCCGCAUAAGGGGGGCAGGAGGAGGAAGGGGAUCAAGCGAAUGCAGUGACGGUGCCGCCGUACGGCCGCUGGACGAGACCUUCGCGAAAACGUCUUGCCUAGAGAAAUGCAUCGUCUUGAAAGUCAAGCGAAAAGCUCCUUCCCUCC